UUGUCAAAGAGUGAUACCAAAGGCUACGACCUUACUUGAACAGGAUCUGUUCUAUAGGCUCGUACAACUGUAUCCUUGAGUUCUAAGGAGACAGGAACCAAAGUCUGGUUGAUGAAUCAUGACCGUGUGAUCAGAGCGUGAUUAAUGGUCCAGAUUGAAGCCUCUUGGAGGCUCUCAUCUGUGACAGUGGAGGAUCGUUCUCACCAAACUGUGGUGGGAUGGUUGCACGGUUGUCUGACAGACCACAUAAAAAUAUUUUUUUCCCUCUUCUCUUUAGCGCUCAAUUUGCCAUUCUCACCUACGACUCACCAUCAUCACCCUCUCCUUCUCACCGUUCGCCAUCGACACUCAUUGUCACCACUGCACUGACCAUCGCUCUUCUUCGCCGUUCUGCACUAAUCGUCGCUGCGCCGCCCUCGCCAUCGUCAUCUCCGUCCUUCUCAUCAUCGUCUUCUCUGUGCUCAAUAGGCGUAUACUUUAUCAUACAUUGUCACAAAAUAACCUACCUGAAGUUUGUAACAAUCGGGAAGUUUUGAGUUUGGAGCAAAACCGAAUAAGAUUAGUAGCUCUAUUCAGGAAGGUUCAGGAAAGAAGGUGAAUACCAAGUCCUCUUGGGAGCAAUCGGUUGAGAGGUUAGAGAAAACAGUAGUUCAUGAUCAUGAAGGUUUUUCUAAGCCAGGACCAUCAUUAGCAAGUAAAGAAAGGAAUAGCGGAUUGGCUGAGAAAGUGAGAGUUCAGAGGACUGAGAGAAGUGAUUAUGGAACCAGGUAUGGGAAGUUUGAUAAUCAUGAUGAUGGUGAAGUAGGUGAUGGUGAAAUAGAGGAAGCCAUUGAUGAUCCAAGGUGGGAUAACAUAAAGAACAGGUACAGGGGAUGGGGGGAGCAAAAGUUGGAUCAGAAAGGCCUGAGUUUAGAAGAUGGAAUAAGCAGGAAAAUUGGGGUAGAAAGACUUGGAAAGAGGCCACAGAAUCCACUGUGCCUAAGAUUGUUGGUGAGGGAAUCUAUGGGGUUGGACCGGUUUUGGCUGCACUGUCGGCUGAACGUAGGGAAUUCUAUGCAUUGUACGUGCAAGAAGGUUUGGAUUUGAGUAGUAACAAUAGGAAGAAAAAGGAAAAGAAAGGAUUUGAGAAAGUUCUGAAGAUUGUGGAAAAGUCUCAGAAGAAUACACAUGUGUUGCAGAAGCUGAUUUUCCGAUAAAGGUUGAAGACUUCUUUAGAAGACAGCUACUAAUACCAGAAUUUGAGUGCAAUGAAAAGUCUAUUUCUUCAUAUGGUUGGUAUUGAAAACAAUCUCUUGUUGGCUCUUUUUGGUGUAUACAUCAAAUGCCGUGGGGUUAUUUUCUCGAUCUAGCGGAUUCAGAAAGAUUAGAGUAGUUUGAUCCAUAAGGAAAACCAAAUUUUAUCUUAGUAUGUGGUUAUUUUCUGAAACAUGUCUGUACAUAUCACUCAACACACAAUAUAUAAAUUUGAUCUCUUAGGCUAUGUUUAGAAAGGAGACUGAGAUUGAGAGACAAAGACGGGGAAAUAGAGAUUGAGAGAUAGAGACUAAAUUAAGUCUCUGUAUUGUGUUUGGUGUAAAAUGUACUAGACUGAGUUAUGUCUAAGUAUCGUAUUUGGUUUAAGAUAAAUGUGAAGAUUGAGGAGUAGAUUUAGGAUUUAAAAAGUUUCAUGAGAGUAUUUUUGAAAAGAAAUGUUAAAAUUUCAAUCUCUAAUCCUAGAAAUUUCAGUCCCUUCUGUCUCCACCUUUUGGAAGUACUGAAGAAACUAAAAUUUUGUAUCUUGGAACUGAAAUUUUAGUUCCAGUUUAUAACCACCAAACACAAUACUGAGUCCUAGUUCUUCAGUCUCAAUUCUAGUCUCUAAAAGUAAAUACUACUUAAGUUGCAUUUGGAUACUGUCUCUAAGAUACAGUAGAUACAGAAUUUUUUUGUUGUAGAGAUACUGAUAGAGAAACAAAUUUUUCUUUCCUUCCCAGAGACCGAAAAAUACAAGUCUUGGUGUUUUCUAUAUC